AUGUCGUCCCCGAAGGACUUUGAGUUUACGAGGGAGCUGGGAUGUGGGUCAUGGUCGACGGUGAUGGAGACCAAGCAUCUGGCAAGCGGGAGACGAUUUGCGGUCAAGAUCCUUAGCAAGGCGCAACUGAUCAAGCUGAAGAAGGUCAAGUACGCUACGGUGGAGAAAGAUGCCCUCGCCAAGCUCUCCGCGACCCAUCCCGGUAUCAUCAAGAUGUGGGCCGCUUUCCAGGACGAAGCCUCUCUUUCCCCCAGAGCCAGCACAUUCGUUGGCAGUGCUGCGUAUGUUGCACCUGAGCUACUCAAUCGCGCAUCCAAGACCACUAGCAACAGCUCUGACAUUUGGGCCAUCGGAUGUACGCUCUACUUUAUGAUCGCCGGCAAGCCGGCCUUCUCAGCGAUCAACGACUACCAGAGCUUCCGCAAGAUCGAGGCCCUCGAUUACUCUUUCUCCGACGAUUUUUACGAGUCUGCGAAAGAGCUUAUAAAAUGCCUAGUAGUCCUUGAUCCCUCAGAACGCCUCGGUGUCGAGCCAAAGUCAUCCUCGAAAGAACUACGAGAACAUCCGUUCUUCACAAAUCAAUUGUCCCAAGAAUCCGAUACGCAGGAUAGCGCGAUUCGAUGGGACUCCCUGUGGACAGAUCCGUCAAUUCCUCCCGAGACCGGCAUCAUUCCCCCCUCCAAUGCGGCGGCCGACGAGAGCAACGAGGAGCUGUGGGACAACGUCGUACAUGAGUUCAGCCUUGCCAGUAUCGGCUCUGUCAAUAUCCCUUCACUACAGCGGUACACCGGAGAGCCUUCUUCCGACCCUCCGGUGCCUGUUGAUGUUCCUCUCGCCACUCCUUCUCCAGUUGUCGAAACCGUACCCGUCGGAAAUCGAGAUUCUCAAGAAAGCGAGGGGCAGGAGCCCGAUGGCGUGAUCGAUGAGGCAGCGAAGAAGAGAGAUUGGUCGAGUAUAUUGGAAUCUCAAGAAGUCAUUCGGCACGCAACCUCAGCACGAGCGACCUUCCGUUGGGGCCUCUUGAAGCAGCCUCGACCGUGUACUUUGCUAUUAACGUCUCAGCCGCGCCUCAUUUGCGUGGUUGCAAAUGAGAAGAAUAUGAAGCCAACGCUUCCCGAUGUCAAGAAGGCGUUUGUAUUCGGUCACUAUCCACAUGCGACUGCUCGCGCCGAGAAGCAGCCCAUUGUCCUCUCGUGCAAAAUCGACGGUCCACAGCACAAGCUACUCUUGACCACAGCAGAAAAGGAGUAUGCCUACGACCUUCCAGACAGCGAGACUCUGCAACGCUGGCAAGGAAUUGUUACCACGCUGCUCGAAUCUCCAUAG